AUCACAUGGUCAUGGCGUCAUCAAAGGUCCUUUAGCUGACUAGGACGUCGCGUUUCCGUGUGGUGAUCGGUCCUGUUAGGGAAAUCGUGGGAGGAAAUAACUGGAUUGUGAGGUAACAAUGUCACGAACCAUCAGGUUAGAAGGUCUUUCAGUUUCUGUUAACCCACAAGACCUUCGAUUAUACUUUAGAGGAUUGAAAAUUCCAGAGGGCGGCAUAACUAUCAUUGGUGGUAAACGUGGGGUGGCGUAUGUUUGCUUCACAACAUGGGAAGAUGCACUUCUGGCUACUGAGUUUUCUGGUUUACCCAUAAAGGAUUCCAUUGUUCUUGUCUAUCCCAGCUCCAAGGCAGAAAUGGAACGGUCCUUGAUAAAGUAUGAAUCUGCUUUCUUUAGUAGAAAUGGAGACCAUGCGGAUAGGGAUUUGGAUAGAAGAGACUCUGCACCUCCCAGAGCAUCUGUGUAUUUGCGUAUUACAAUUACUGCUGGAGUUACAACUACAACGUCUGUCAGAAGAUACUUUGCAGGGCUCCAUAUUGCUGAUAUAUUGUCCAUUAAAGAUGACCAUGCAUUAAGAAAUGGUGCACUGGUAAAAUUUUCUACUAGCACUGAUGCCAGUGAGGGUGUGAGAAGACACAGAAAUAGUAAGGAUGUAGAUGUUGUAUGGUCUAAUGAAAGAGAGUGGGUAAAGCAUGGUGGCAAAGCUUACUAUGAUGGGGAUAACCAUUCCUAUUCAUCAAGGCAUGAUAGAAGACACCAUUCAAGGUCUCCAGAAAGGAGUUCUAGGUCACCACGUCGUUUUAGGUCUCCACGGCACUCUAGAUCUCCACGGCACUCUAGAUCUCCACGGCAUUCUAGAUCUCCACUGAAAUACUCACGAACUCACCAUUUAUAUAAUACGUUUCCAUGGUGGCAUUCUGAAUCUUCUGUCAGUCAUUCUAGGUCACCACGAUUGCGUUCUCGAUCUCCUCAUACAAGCUCUAGGUCUCCACGAAGGCGUACAAGGUCUCCGCAAAAUGCAUCAAAUGAGCGUGACCCAAUAUAUGAUGGAGAAUUUCAUGUGCAUGUGACAAACCUGAGCUAUACCACUAGAAAAGAUGAUUUGAGAAAGUGGCUUUUUAACCUUGUGGACAAAGAUCACAUUAAGUUUCUGUAUGAUGAGAAGGGUCGUAGGACAAGAGAAUGCUUUGUCACAUUCAAAAAUGAAAAGGAUUACAAACGAGUCCUCAGACUUCACAAAGUUACAUUUAAUGGGCGCCUUUUGUUCAUAACUUCUGUCUCUAAACCAAGCAUGAGAAAUUUACUUACAGGCAAAGAGGCCUUAUUCUCACAUCAUCAUUCAAAGGGAAAAUGCCUUUAUCUAAGAAACUUUCCUUCCCAUGUAACAAAAAGGGAUGUCCAAAAGUUCUUUGCUGGCUUUUCCCUCAAUGAAGAAGACAUUUCAAUGUUAUGUGACAGACAAGGAUUCUGCCUAGGGGAAGUAUUGGUCAGCUUCUCAUCUGAGGAAGAAUUGGAGAAAGCUGAAAAACUGCACCGUAAAAAGUUCAAGGAUAAGGAAAUUCCACUAAGACGAAUCCCAGAGGACAAGUUGCAAAGUUUCUUAUGUGCAAAUUCUGUAAGCCUUGUACCUGAAGAUCCAUAUGAUUGUGUAACACAGGAAGAUGAUUUAGUUGAUGAGGAUGAUGACCAAGAAAAGAAUACACCUGAGGACGGUGACCAGGAUGACAACAUGUUAGAUGAGGAUUCAGGUUUCCACCAGACUGAUAAUGCUCAUGAAUGUGUUACUCAGGCAGAUGAUGCACAAGAUGAUGUCUCUGUAGAUGACGGACCAGAUGAUACUGCUGUCAAUGAAGAUGGACCAGAUGAUAAAACUGUCAAUAAGGAUGAUGGACCAGAUGAUAACACUGUCAAUAAGGAUGAUGGACCAGAUGAUAAAGCUGUCAAUGAGGAUGAUGGACCGGAUAAAACCGCUGUCAAUAAGGAUGACGGACCAGAUGAUACCGCUGUCAAUGAAGAGGAUGGACCGGAUGAUACCGCUAUCAAUGAAGAGGACAGACCGGAUGAUACCGCUGUCAAUGAAGAGGACAGACCGGAUGAUACCGCUGUCAAUGAAGAGGACGGACCGGAUGAUACCGCUGUCAAUGAAGAGGACGGACCGGAUGAUACCGCUGUCACUGAAGAUGACGGACCGGAUGAUACCGCUGUCCAUGAAGAUAAUGCACAAAGUACCGUUUGCGGUUCAGAUGAAAUUAAUACACAUGCAAACAAUGAUAAAGUCAACCCAGAAGGAGCAGCCUUUAAUGAUGAUGGACUGUGGGAGAAUGUUUUUUGUACCAAAUAACAAUGACAAACUACAUUUUUAAAACCCUUCUCUACAGUAAGUCCUGUUGCUGAUGUAGUGGUAAAUGCAGAUGAAAAGUUGAUCCCCAGUGAAUGUUGGGCAUAUCACAUUAGGAGAAUAUAUCAGGAAUAUUUCCCACUGUAUUCCCAAUACAGAAGGCUCUGAUAUGCCACUGUUUAGGAAUACAGUGCCUGCAUUGGGUUAAUGGGCCUAUUGAUACUCAGAAUGUGUUCCUAAGAUAUGAUGUGAACUUAGCCCAAGAAAUGAUUUUUUUUUUUUUCCGAAAGGUACUCCAUUAAAGGCAUUAUCCUAAGAUUUUAACUCUUUGGCAGUCCUGUAGUGAGUAAAUGAAGUGGCGGGCAGGUAUACGUGCUGCUCCAUUAGUGAAUCCAAUUCUUGUAAUUGUUGGGGGUCCCAAUGGUCAGAUCCUCACUGAUCAGAUGCUUAUGUUGGUAGGUGCUAACUUUUAAACUGGGAUAGCAUAUUUAUUGCGAUCAGUCUCCUGGCACACUUCUUGUACACCACAAUUAACCAACAAGGUAAGAUCUCUGAAUGUAUUAUAAAGUGUGUGUUGACAUGAUGCAGACUUAAAGGGUUAUUCCAUGUAUUUACUACUUUUAAUUCAGCCUCUCAAGUCAUGUAUGUAUUAAAAUAACUUAUAGUACCUGUCGGGGGUUAAUCAUCCACUUUUUUUGUAUUUUUCAUGUACCCAGAAGUUCAGUAUUCUUCAGCAUUAUGGAUGAAUGUUGUCUUGAGAUCCUCUCGGCUUCCUGUGCGGCUCAAAACAGCGCACCACAAGCUGAUCACAGGGGGCUGGCUGCUGCUUGCCUUCCCUGUCAAACCAGCCCCCUGAUGAUGUGUGCAUGCCUCUGCACAGCCUGUGCCAGCUUUGAGCACAUCCCUGCUACUUGCAGACUGUGCUGAGAUCACGUGACAGCUGACGCGACACACGUCAUAAGGAGGCUGGCUUAUCAAGUAAGAUGAGAAGCAGCCAAGCCCCCUGUGAUCAGCUGACUUGUGACGCAUUGUCUCGAGUUGCCCAGAAAGCCGGGAAAGGUUCGUGACCACACUUAUCCAUUGUGGCUAAGAAUGCUGAACUUCCAGGGGCAUGAAAAAUGCUAAAAGGGAAAAUCCAGCCCUGACGGGUAUUACAAGUUUAUUAAAAACAUACAUGACUUUGCAUCAGGGCCACAUAACUAGAAAACCAUCAAUCCUGCAAUAAAAGGGGUUAUUAAGGCAUUGAAAAAUAGAGCAAUUUUUUUCCCCAAAAAACGGUACCACUCCUGUCCUCAGGUUGUGCGUGGUAUGACAAUUUGGCUCCAUUCACUUCAGUGAAACUGAGCUGCAAUACCACAAACAUGCAGACUAUUUUAGUUUUUUUCAAGAAGUUAGCUCUGUUUCUAAUCCUUGAUAACCUCUUUAAAGGGGUACUCCAGUGGAAAACUGGUGCCAGAAAGUUUAAACAGACUUGUAAAUUUACGUCUGUUAAAAAUAUUAAUCCUUGCAGUACUUAUCAGCUGAUGUAUGCUCCAUAGGGAGUUGAGUAGUUCUUUGCAGUCAAAACACAGUGCUCUCUGCUGACACCUCUGUCCAUGUCAGGAACUGUCCAGAACAGGAGAGGUUUGCUAUGGGGAUUUGCUCCAAUUCUGAACAGUUCCUGACAUGGACAGAGGUGUCAGCAAAGAGCACUGUGGUCAGACUGCAAACAAUAACUCGACUUUCUCUUUAGUAUACAGCAGCUGAUACGUACUGGAAGGAUUAAGAUUUUUUAAUAGAAGUAAUUUACAAAUCUAAGACAAAAUCUAAGA